AAAGCUGCAGGCCCCAUACAAGAACUGACAAUCCCCAGCUUCACGAAGGCACAACCGCAGGCUUCUACAAUUUCAAAGAGUAUAGGGGCUUUCAAGCUCCUCGAACACUAGGGCUGGCUCAUGCCCGCCAGACAUGGCUGACCCAAUCUCCCUGAGCUUGGCAGCAAUUGCCCUGCUUGAUCCAGCCUAUAACCGCAUCCGGGCGAUCUGGCUUGGUUGCCGUUCUGUCGCGCGAUUUGGCGUGGAUUUCAAUCGAUUCGACACACGCGUGCGGAUUCAGGAGCGUCUCUUCGAGGCAUCUGUUCUCAAAUACAGGGCCCACAUCGAAGCGGACAAGACCGAGACACGAUGGAUCGAUUCUGAUCUCAGAAAACGAAUAGAGGAUCAUACCUUCGAAAUUGUUACGGUGUUUGAAGAAUGUUAUAAGCUGGUUGAGUCCUACAAAUCCGAGAGCAUUCAUGUCCCGGCUCCGGCUAAUGUUGCUCUAGUCCCGGCUCCGGGCCCAGUCCCUGCUCCCGGACCAGCUACGGCCCCAGCUCCAGCACGAGCUCCACUUGCUAAUCCCGGUGGUCAAGUUGCUGUGGCAGGAGCUGGGGAAGGCGUCCAGCCACAGUCACGAGUUCGACGCUUCGUCUCAAGCUUCUCAAGAAAGAAAUCUAGCAAAGGAAAGGCACCGGCAGAAUCAAUUUCACUUGGGUCGGCACGGCCUGCGAACUUGGAUCAGCUUGCAUCAAGAGGGCGUGAAGAAGGGCCAUCGUCAUGGAUCUCUGCCUCGGCUGAAAAGCGGACAAAAAAGAGACGAGAAGACGCACAGCGAGCACUGGGGUCAGUAAAGGCCGUUCAGUUCGCAUCUGAUCACCAAGAACAGAUGGAAGCGCUGCUGGACCGCCUUGAUGUCAUGAACAAGGAGCUGAACGCAUGCCUUCCUCAGCUCAAUAACGAGAAUCCGCUCCUCUUCAUCCGCAACGGGGCCGACCCGCCAACAAUUUGGCGAGAUACAAGGCUCGUCCGAAGAGAUAUUAGUAGUCUGCAAGAGGCGCUCACUAGCGCCAAUGCUGAGGAUGAGAACUCUGCUGUGAAGCUCGCCAUUCGACUGGAGGAUAACCACAAUGACUUGCUAGAUUGGAUGAGAUUCAAUCGUCUACACCAGAAGCUCAAAAUGCGGUCGGAUCCGAACUUCUUCCUUCUAAUGGCGCUGUCUCGGUCAGAAAUACCAAAUCACAUCCCCUGCCACGAGCUCCUUGUUACUGGGACGCUGUCGGAUUCGCGGCCUGGGUUGGAAGUCAGCGAUGGCGACAUGCCAUCGAAGCUUAACACGAUCUUGUCCACGAUGCCAGAAGGAAAGUUUCAAGAAAUUGGAGAUGUGAAAUUAGACAAAGACAGGAUCUUCCAUCUCCGACGAAUCAUUGAGACCGACAGGCCAAAGUGGAAGGGAGUCCAAACCUUGGGUGAUAUCUUGGAAAAGAGCUUCGACGAGUUCUCGGUCACCGCGCGACUUUGUCUUGCCGCCACACUUGCUCUUACAUACAUACACUUUGAGACCGCCAACCCUGGCUUCACGCAACGGCGGGUACAGCACUAUCGUUUCUUUAGCCAGAACACGGAGCUUGGGAAGGACGACUGGACACAACCAUGGCUCGACAAUGGGUUUGGUUCGCCGAGUCCUCCAGAUGCAGGAGGUAGCCUGAAGUCCCGGAAAGAAAUAGAGCAAAAUAAAGUCAACUUCGCCCAGGAACUAGGCAUAUUGUUGUACCAAAUCACCUGCCGCGACAAGAUUGCUUACGAAGAGACGCCGGCGGGCCUCAGUCAAGCGAGCAAGUCAGUCUCGACUCUAGAGUUCCUGGACCAGGUGCGGGAUCUUUGUGGGCUCCAAGCCAAAAAUGUCAUCAAGGCGUGCUUCUGCCACCUGCCGCGAAGGCCAGGUCAACGAGAGCCAGCAUCUCUGAUUGUGGAAGAAGUCGCAUACGCGCUACAGCGACUGGCGAAUGAGUACCGGAAGCAAGAAGAAGCGGAGACAGACAUGGAAGCUAGAUUGUCUGGAGAGACUCUUGCAGCUGAACCAGUGAACGAGCAGGGAGAGGAGAAUCAGCAGGUGGAACAACAACAUCAACCUCAGGAACAAGCGCUUCCACACCAAGAAAUCCCUGUGGCGCCAGAAAUUCCGACAGUGCAUGAAGUACCUACAAUUAGAGACGCAGCUGGGGAACAAGUAGCGCCUUCCAAACACGAAACUGCCGUACCAACCCAAGAUGCCGUACAAAUACAACCUUCCCAGCCUCCUUCGCAACAAAUUAUUGCUCAAGCACCGGCCCGAAAUCUUACAGCCACUCCAGUUUCUCCUCCAGCGGUUCACAGCCCACGGCAUACGCAACUACAGCAGGCUACUCGUAACCCGGCAGAGCAAAGCCCACAACCGUCAGCUGUGCACCAUGCCAAGUCAGUUGUGUUCCCAGCUGUCCCAGAACAUGUACCUCAAGCUCCAGCUACUAAUGGAGCCCGGCCGGAGCCGCAGAAGAUAGCUGUGGCGUCAUGAUUGAGUCUACGAAAGUUUCAGCGUCGUACGCAGAUUUGCUAUACGCAGGAAAAUAGGGAGGCGCUGAGGUCACCCAUUGGCCAAAACAAAGCAUGAUGCAAUGAAUGGUUCGGGAGAUACACUUGUUCAAAAUUCGGGUACGCCCAACUGGCUGUGAGGUGAGCUUUGUGUGUUUGCCGUUGUUCGGCCGAGUGACGGGCAAUUAACGGACAGGGUCAAAACUGACUCGCACUUACGAAGUCUGCAUGUUGGUCAAGUGUUAACUGAGUACAUACAUAAUAAGAUUCCAUGCCCAAGUUGAUAAAAUAAG